GGCGAUGCCUGUCUUGAUCUUUGUGACGCAGGUCAUUGCUACCUGCAAGUGUUCUUCGAAGUCCUGAGCUUCAUCAACUUCUACUAUCAGUUUGAUAGCAAGUCGGUUUGUGACUCAACUCCUACCCACCAUGAUACCCACUCCCAUAUGUUUGUGACCCUAUAGGCGAAAGGCAUUUCUGUAUGAAAGAAAACGUAUCCUUGAACCUCUCUUGAAUGGCCAUGCAAAAGUUGGGUGAAUCAGGAUGAGCGAGUAUGCCUGUGUUGAAUGGGGUUCGGAAAGAGGCGUGUGGGAUAUGAACCUGGGAGAAAAAGGGGUUGACCACGUUUUGUGGCAUCUAUGUAUGGAUUUUCACUGGGUUUCAUGUGGGUGCAGGGAACUGAUUGUCGAAAAGCAAGAUGGCGGAUGAUGAGCUUAAUGAGGCCAAUGGCGCGGGUCAGCGACCGGUUACGUUGGGUCAGCUGGUGACUCUACUGGAUGGGCGCGCGGUGACGCGUUCCAACAUCCCGAAGGUUCAGAUCUUCCACUUUAAAGGAGAGAAGGUGUCAGAAUGGCUUGAGUUGCUCGAGCAAAUUACUGACGAAAUGACAGAGGAGGAGAAAUUUUGUCGAAUCUCUAAGUACGUAUGGUGGGUGAUGCGGCCAAAAGUUAUGCGGGUAGCAGCUGAGGCCGCAAGCAAUUGGGGGAAUUUUAAGGCGGAAAUGGAAAGGCGAUAUCAGUUAGGGGAUGGCCUCCUUACAACGGAGGACUUGGAAAGAUUAGAGAGGUCUGAUUUCAUGACGGUUGGUGCCUUCGCGACAGCGUUCGAGAAGAUGGCGAGGAAGGUUCCAGGAUUGGCCGAGGAGUCCCAAUGUGCCAUCCUCUUGAGCAAUUUCACGGAGUGCGAGAGUGUUUCUCUGACGAGAAGAGGAGCUAUAGGGCGGAAGUUGACAUGGGAGACGGUGAAGCAAAGCUUGGCGGAUGGAGAGUUGGACCAGGUAUACCAGUUCCAAAUGAAACAACAAUGGCAGAAACGAAAGACCCGAGUUGUGAUUGAAGGAGCCGAUAUUAACCUUCAAUUACUCAUUGCAGAUGGGAUAGCCAAGUACCAAGCUGACCAGCAGAAAGCGAUAGGGAAACAAGUAUUGACAGUGACCCAGUCACAGGCUAGAGCCUUGAAGAAAGGAAAGGUGGUAGAGCAAGUGGAAGAUGAUGAUGAGGAUGAGGAAGAACCGACAAAAUUGAUGAAGAGUCAGAGGAAGGCAAGGAACCAGGCCGCAGGUGGCCAAGGUUCGGGGAAGAAUGCAGGAGUGCAGGCCACCGCGCCGGCCCAAGUAAACACGAAUCUGGCGAGUACAAGUGGGGCACCGCCGCAGGGACCAGUGCCGCUUGGACCUUGGCCAAAGGCCAUUCCUCCUGUUUGGCCAAGUCAGGAACCUCCGAGUGAAAGUCAGCCACGAGAGAAGCAGCCAGUCAUUGACACGGGGGACGAAGGCAAGGAGGAUGAGGAAGAUGAGCGGCUAAGGAAGGAAGAGGAAGAACAAGCUGCUCAACGUGCAAAGAAAAGGAAGCCGGAGGAUAAGCCAGAGAGAGCAGCGAGAGGAGAAGGCUCGCGAAAGCAAAAUUAUGCGGUGCCAUUGGAGGAUGGCCUGAAUAUUGAAGCCAUGGUUGAUAGGCUUCUGGAAGGGCACAAUGACCUGCUCAACUUAAAGGAUAUCCUUGCCUUUGCGCCUAAGCUUAGGGAAGGAUUCAAAAUGCGGCUUUCUCGUCGAAGGGUGGCGAGUGUAAGAUUGGGAGAUCUCAUUCCAGUUGAGGCUCACUGAGCGGUUCCUGGAACAAAGAUGGAUUGGAAAU